AUGAAUCGCAACUAUGCCUAUGUCGUGACCGAGGAUCAGUGGAAUUUUUUGAAUCGCCAACAACGCAUACUCAUACAACCGUUCUUUCAUCUGUCUAAGAUCUGUUUCGGCACGGUCUUCAAAGCUAUACCGAUUCAACGUGAUGCCAUUUGGCUUGACACUUUCAAUCUGUUCACAUUAAUUACGCGCGAAUCGGGGCUCUGGGGUCAAUGGGAGGAGCGAGCAUUCAACGAAGCUGUGCGCUCAAAAUAUGCACAAAUACUAACCGAUACCUACCCUGUGGAGCCAUUGAAUCUAAGAUUCUUUACGAUUGCUUGGAUUGUUUUGGCUUCGGGGCUGCUGCUGAGCUUUUGCGUAUUUCUACUCGAAUAUUAUGUCGACAAGCACUUCGGUAACCAGGAGGUCGGCUAUAAUCGCUUUAUCUACGAGUAG